GUCAAAUAGAUAGACAUUGCACAAAAUAAGCAAAGAGUGAAUUUGGAGAAGAUGGCGAGUGAGGAAGAGAGCGCCGUGAAGGAGCCUUUGGAUCUGAUCAGGCUCAGCCUCGACGAGCGCAUUUACGUCAAGCUCCGCUCUGACCGUGAGCUCCGCGGUAAACUCCAUGCUUAUGAUCAACAUUUGAAUAUGAUUCUCGGUGACGUUGAAGAGAUUGUAACUUCUGUGGAAAUCGAUGAUGAGACUUAUGAAGAGAUUGUCCGGACUACAAAGAGGACAGUUCCGUAUCUGUUCGUCAGAGGGGAUGGUGUCAUCCUCGUUUCACCUCCACUCAGAACAGCCUAAUUAUAAUUUGGUGAAGGACGGUUAAAUGGGGCGACUUGUAUUUGGGAAAUGGAUUGUCCUUAGAUUCAACUAAAAUCUGUUCUAUGUAUUCUAAUUUUAGUUCUCUGAAUGAAAAGAGAUUCUUGUCAGUACAGGCUCAAUUGUACCCCUGAGGCAGCUAAAUGAAUGAGAUUUUGUUGGAUAUGGAUUUGGUAGAUGUGUAAUUGUGUUUGGCUUUCUGCUUGCUUGAACAUGCCACAAUUA